GCAAUUUCGACUCUGCACAGCAGGGGGCAGCAGCACUCAUCACCUUGCCACUAAACAGAUUUGUUGCCCAGAAACAGAUUUGUUGCCCAGAAAUGACUUUGGCUGUACAACACCAGUGUCACCAACAGCAGCAAUAUGAAGGGUGCUAGCAAAAAGGUAAAGGUGCGAAGACGUGUACAAGAAGCUCCUAAAGAAGCUGAAGAGAAGGAGAUUGGCCCUAAGGAAGACGGUGAUAAACAGCAAAUUAACAAUGAUGAACCUCCUGUAAUAUCAGAAAACAAAGAGGAUGUAAUGGUGUUUGAGGGUCUUUGUGAACGAAUGCUGUCAGCUAUGGGCCUUUUACAGACCAGUGUAUCAGAGGUCCUGGAUGUAAAAGAUGAGUUAAUCCUACACAAUGUGCCAAGCUGUGUCCAAGCCCAGAUGUCAUUGUCCACAUCAAGGUUAUUUAGAAGCUUGACAGAUCUGUAUGUCCCCAGCACAGAACUUGUCCGCCUGGUCCGUGUGUUUGGGCCUCAGUGGGAGCAGAAACGAAUGAUCCUCAAGCAGCUGCAAGAAGAACAUGAAAGACUUCAGAGGCUCCUCUCUUUGGCUCUUCAACGGGUACAACAUUUGGAAACUCAGUUACACAGAGACUCCGAAUCACAACAUUACAAGAACUGGGAGAAGCUCUUUGUCAGACUUAUGCGUAUGGGACCAGAUAUAACCUCGCCUGAAAUGCCGCCUGAAUUGGAUAUGAAAAGGUGA